AUGAAACUCGUGUGUCAGUAUUUUGAACACCGUGUAGUCUCAACCAUUUUGAACUGCGCUUCCGUUCACACACAGCUCGAGAUUGUAAGGUUUAUCCUUGAUGCUGUAGGGUCGUCCGCACGACCAUCGCUGCCGACUUUAUCCACCACUUUGAAGGGAUUGAAAAAACACUUUGUGCUUAUUCUCGACGAAAUAGACCAUCUUGCCUCAAAAACGAAUUCGUUUUUAUACACCACAUUUCAAUGGCCACAGACAGUAACAGCUAAACUGAUAGUUAUUGGAAUUGCUAACUCUAUUGAUCUCACGGAACGAUUGUUACCGAAGCUAAAAAUGAGCCAACCUCCUGAAACGCUUGUUUUUGCGCCGUAUUCAAAAGACGAAAUAGCACAAAUUUUAAAAAACAAGUUAUCUGAUGAAUCGUGUUUUGAGGACUAUACUAUGGAUCCGGCUGCGUUGGAACUGUGUUCCAGAAAGGUAGCUGCCAUGAGCGGUGAUUUACGGACAGCGUUCCACGUUAUGAAACAAACACAUUCCGGCGAACCAGGGACACCGCGUGGUUGUCGACAAGUGUUGGGGAUGCUAAAUAAUGUUUACUCAUCACCACUCGCUAGAGCACGUCUUCCCCUUCAACCUCGGCUUCUGCUUGCUGUUGCAGUAGCUAUGUCGUCCAAUAAGAGUGUGCUUAAUGUGGUUUCCUUAACCAAUGCGUAUUCUCGUGCAUGUGAUGUCGUGAAGGUACCGCGGCUGGAAGGGGAAGAUUUCACAGCAGCUUUGCAAGUACUUGAAAGUCAGUCCUUCAUUAAGGAGGGUUCCGGUGGGCAACUAGUACUACAGGUGAAUGCAGCCACUGCAAAGACAGCUAUUGCUGAUAAUGUAAUGAUUGCUCAAGUCAGUGAACUAAACCUGUGA